GAAUAAAUUACGAAUGACGAUGAACUGGUUAGGACUAGAGAUAUCCUUCGCAAUACAUAUAAAAGCCCAGCUAGUUGGGAUCGGAAACUUCAUUCCAUUCCUCAUAAAUCAACAAAAUCAAUAACCAUGUCCGCCUCUUCAGCCCCUAUCCGUAUGAUGCAUACGACCAAAGCGCUCAGAGCCUCUAAGCCUGCGAUGGUAUCGGCGUCUGCUUUCCUGGAGUCCUCAUUCGCCAAGUCUCGAGCGACUAUGGCGAACACCAGAACGCCUUUGCAGCAGACUAUGCGCAAAGCAGACCACGAGUCGUCUAUCUACUUGAUGAGUUCAUUUCAGCGAUAGCGACGGGCCUUUUCCGACAUACCGUUUUCGAAAUAUCUGAUCGAUGUGUACAACUGUCCCCACGGAAACCUACCGAGUGCUGACUCGUGAAGAAAAGUUCAUGCGAACAGCAACGAAGAAUUAUAUGGACCUGAUGAUGAAGGAUUGCAAUGUAUUUGCUCUUGAUUAGUCCGACCACGAAUUAUUAGAAUAGAAAAGAAAGUACAGUAUUAAACUUCAAAAAUCAAAUAUAAAUCAAAUACACUCUGAAAGACGUAGUGUACUAUAAACGUGAAAAUAGUUUACGUCUCGCAUACCCGACGGCGACGAAUUAUAUGAUAUAGCAUUGUAUAGCUCUCCGGAUAAGUU